AUGGCAAACGACACAGAAAUUCUUAGCUAUCUGUGGAAUGGAAAAUUAGCAGUAUGCUUUCAAUUAGACGAACAAGAAAUCCAUGGUAUUCAAAAUCCCGAGCCGUUUUAUUUGAUGGUACCUAGAAUGAGUUAUUUUCCAUUGGUCUGUGAUAAAGUAAAAAAACAUUUUGUGAAGCAUGUAGAUCCUGAAAAACAAGAAAUGGAAAUGUGGUUAGAAUUUAAGAAUGUUCCAUUAAAAUGGAAUAAUCCUAUCGGUGUUCUUUAUGAUCUCUUUACAACUAAUGAUAAUCAAGUUGAUUUACCUUGGCAAAUAACUAUUCAUUUUGAUAAUUUUCCUGAAGAUCAACUUAUCAGAUGUUCAUGCCGAGAAGCUGUAGAAUCAAAUUUUAUGUCAUCAAUGAAAGAAGCUGAUAUGUUAAAACAUAGAAGUCAAGUAUUUUCAACUAUGCAACGACAUCAACACAAUCAAUUGUGGAAUGGACUACUUAAUGAUAAAUUUGAUCAAUUUUGGUCAGAAAAUAAAAAGUUAAUGGAACCAACUGAAGGCAAUUAUUUUAAAUAUAUACCUGUGCAUUUUUAUCAAUCAGGUUCUUCAGUUAUGACCCAGACAUUAGUUAAAUCGGUUUCAGAUGAUGGAAACCAAAUAACUUUAGGGGAAUUAAUAAAAUUGAAGUACCCAUUAUUGGAUAGUCCUAAAAUCUUUACACAUGGAAUAUGUAUUCCCAAAGAAACACCAAUUCAAUGGAUGAGUGAACACUUGAGUUACCCAGAUAAUUUUUUACACUUAUUUGUUGUCUAAUAUAUAAAAUAUAUUUGUAAAAAAAAAAAGAAUGAAAUAAUACAAAAAGUUUAUAAUUUCGA